AUGGCUAAUCCAUACGAGAGCAUCGUCAUGCAACCCAGAAACACAGAGGGGCCACCUCAUGAUCUCGACUUGAGACACUCUCGCAAGCUGAUGUCCCUUAUCCGACGAGAGAAGUAUGAUGAACUGCGGAUGGAAUGCCAGAAGACGGAACCCGUCAACUUCAUGGAGGACCCUUUGCUCAGCGUGGUGAUCGCUUGCAAGAAGACCAGCCUCGCCAUGAGGCUUAUCCGUGACCUGACGACGGAUCAACUCAUGCAGUAUAACUUCAAGGGCGACACGGCUCUUCAUGUCGCUGCCGCCGUGGGUGACUGCCAAGUGGCCAGGGAGUUGUUUACCAGGAAAGGUGAACUCGUCGGUGUACGGAACCAUAAUAUGGAGACACCGCUGCAUAAGGCGGCGCUCUACGGGAACUGGGACAUGUUCUUCCGGCUGUUAAGCGCCGGUAGCGACCUGUUCGCUCGGAAGGAGGACGGCAACAACGUCCUUCACUGUGCCAUCAUGGGCAAUGCGCCGGAGCUUGCGAUGGAGAUUGCAAGACGAGCGCCAGUGCUGAACUUCUUGAGGAAUGCUGACGCCGUCACCCCGUUGCAGCUGAUGGUGACCAUUCCCGAGUUAUUCCGAAGCCAAACACCACUUAGUCCCCUCGAAUCCUUGCUCUAUGAUUGGAUUCCUUUGGAACGGCAGGACUCUGGUGUGAUAAAUCCUGGAGAUGUAGAGAAGCGUGUUGGAGAUACAGAAGAAGAAGAAGAAGAUGAUGUUGGAAAUGGUUCAAAAAUCCCAUCUCACUACAGCACUCUCUUUGACCUAUUGGAAUUGUUGAAGAUCCCAGCCGGCUGGAUUCUACUACUUGUUUACCGAGUUUGUAGGCAACUGUCGCCUACCAUGGAACGACUGGAGAAGCUAAAGAGACAUCAUAAAGCGGCUAUGCGGUCGCAGCGGAAUAGAUUCCAGUGA